AUGGAUGGUCUGAACCAGUAUCUGUGGGUUAGAGACCUCAUGAAUGGUCUUAACCAGUAUCUGUGGGUUAGAGACCUCAUGAAUGGUCUGAACCGGUAUCUGUGUGUUAGAGACCUCCAUGAAUGGUCUGAACCAGUAUCUGUGGGUUAGAGACCUCAUAAAUGGUCUGAACCAGUAUCUGUGGGUUAGAGACCCCAUGAAUGGUCUGAACCAGUAUCUGUGGGUUAGACACCUCAUGAUUGGUCUGAACCAGUAUCUGUGUGUUAGAGACAUCAUGGUCUGAACCAGUAUCUGUGGGUUAGAGACCUCAUGGUCUGAACCAGUAUCUGUGGGUUAGAGACCCCAUGAAUGGUCUGAACCAGUAUCUGUGGGUUAGAGACCUCAUGAAUGGUCUGAACCAGUAUCUGUGGGUUAGAGACAUCAUGAAUGGUCUGAACCAGUAUCUGUGGGUUAGAGACCUCAUGAAUGGUCUGAACCAGUAUCUCUGUGUUAGAGACAUCAUGGUCUGAACCAGUAUCUGUGGGUUAGAGACCCCAUGAAUGGUCUGAACCAGUAUCUGUGGGUUAGAUACCUCAUAAAUGGUCUGAACCAGUAUCUGUGGGCUAGUGACCUCAUGAAUGGUCUGAACCAGUAUCUGUGGGUUAGAGACAUCAUGAAUGGUCUGAACCAGUAUCUGUGGGUUAGAGACAUCAUGAAUGGUCUGAACCAGUAUCUGUGUGUUAGAGACAUCAUGGUCUGAACCAGUAUCUGUGGGUUAGAGACCUCAUGGAUGGUCUGAACCAGUAUCUGUGGGUUAGAGACCUCAUGAAUGGUCUUAACCAGUAUCUGUGGGUUAGAGACCUCAUGAAUGGUCUGAACCAGUGUCUGUGGGUUAGAGACCUCAUGAAUGGUCUGAACCAGUAUCUGUGGGUUAGAGACAUCAUGGUCUGA